AACAACCAGCCACCCGGGGAAUGUGCCUGGACUGAUCUGCGAAGUUUUCCGCAACAAAUUUCCACCCUUGUUGUACAGGCGGACAACCGGGUGAAACAACGCACAGUUACUUUGCUCUAACGGCAGAAUCGAGGAAAUUCAAAGGUUGGUAUCCAACGUCUGACCCAGUCAGCCUGUCAACAGAACUCACUCCAAUCCCUGUGAUUCGGACCAGGGACCGACCACACCAUCAGACCUCUUCAGUCGGCUUUUAGCCACCAUGUCCUAGCUUACAACCAUCCGUGUCCUUCCUCCCCCCUGACCAUCCUGUCCCCUCAACCCCAGCCCCUCUCCCCCCUCCCUCUCCUGUCUCUUCUCCUGAUGUCGUGAGCACUGUUUCUGGUCCUAGCACCAGUGGGACCCUUUCUGGCGUGAUGAGCAGCCUUCGCCAGCAGCAGCAUUAUGGCAGCUCAGGCUCAGAGCGAGACCUCCACUCAGCUGCCUCUUCAGUCAGCCUCCCCUCUGUCAGAAAGACCCCCAAAAAACGACGUCUGUCCCUCCACUCUCUCUUUGGUCGGUGCCGCCGACCUGACCGUGACCCGAAACGCAAAUCCAGACACUUCCAGGCUGGAGGUGGGGUGGAUGGCAUUGCCAGCACUGAAAGUGUCCAAUCAGAGACUUUCCAUGAUAAAACCUCUGCGCACUCUGCGCCGGCCGUGGCAUCGACUUCGUCAGCGUCUGGGUCUUCAUCAGACCUGCGGGAGUGCCCACUGUGCCUGCUGCGCCAUGCGCGCGAGCGCUUCCCUGACAUCAUGACCUGUCACCACCGCUCAUGUGCAGACUGCCUGCGCCAGUACCUGCGCAUUGAGAUCUCAGAGUCACGCGUCAACAUCAGCUGCCCCGAGUGCUCAGAGCGCUUCAAUCCCCACGAUAUUCGGAUGAUCCUGGGUGACCGGGCCCUCAUGGAGAAAUACGAGGAGUUCAUGCUGAGGAGGUGGCUGGCAGCUGACCCUGACUGUCGCUGGUGUCCUGCCCCAGACUGCGGGUACGCAGUCAUUGCGUUUGGCUGUGCCAGCUGUCCAAAGAUCACUUGUGGGCGCGAGGGCUGUGGAACAGAGUUCUGCUACCACUGUAAACAGCUGUGGCAUCCCAACCAGACGUGCGAUGCAGCACGGCAGCAGAGGGCCCAGAGCCUUCGGCUGAGGAGUUUCAGGUCCUCGUCCCUCAGCUACAGUCAAGAAAGUGCAGCUGCAGGUGAUGACAUUAAGCCAUGUCCGCGUUGCGCUGCCUACAUCAUCAAAAUGAACGAUGGCAGCUGUAAUCACAUGACCUGCGCCGUCUGCGGCUGUGAGUUCUGCUGGCUCUGCAUGAAGGAGAUCUCUGACCUACACUACCUGAGUCCAUCAGGCUGCACCUUCUGGGGGAAGAAGCCCUGGAGCAGGAAGAAGAAAAUUCUGUGGCAGCUGGGCACGCUGGUUGGUGCUCCUGUUGGCAUCGCCCUCAUUGCUGGAAUUGCCAUCCCUGCCAUGAUCAUUGGUAUCCCCGUCUAUGUGGGCAGAAAGAUCCAUAAUCGCUAUGAGGGCAAGGACAUUUCCAAACACAAGAGGAACGUAGUGAUAGCUGGUGGUGUGACGCUGUCUGUGAUUGUGUCACCUGUGGUUGCAGCAGUCACUGUCGGUAUUGGUGUACCCAUCAUGCUGGCGUACGUCUACGGGGUCGUCCCAAUCUCGCUGUGCCGUAGCGGUGGCUGUGGAGUUUCAGCUGGCAAUGGCAAAGGGGUGCGAAUAGAGUUUGAUGACGAAAACGACAUCAACAUCGGGAGCGGAGCGGCAGCCACAGACACUACCUCAGUGGCGGAGACUCGCCUCAACAAUCCCAGCCUGGGAGAUGGGGCGAGCGUGGGUGGCCUGACGGGCCUGAGCCUCAGUGCCAGUGGCAGCCACAUGGAGCGUUGCGGCAUGAGCUCCACACAGCGAGACAACUUGAGUGACAACGCCAGCACCAUGGCCCUCGCAGGGGCCAGCAUCACCGGGAGCCUGUCCAGCAGCUGCUACAACAGGUUGGAGGUGCAGGCCGAUGUCCAGAAGGAGCAGUGCAGUCUGAGUGGAGAGUCAGCCACUGUCAGCCUGGGAACAAUCAGUGACAAUGCUAGCACCAAAGCCAUGGCUGGAUCCAUCCUCAAUGCCUACAUGCCUCUGGAAAGAGAUAACAGUCUGGAAGUGCAGGUAGAUGUGGAAUCCCAGCAGGAGAAGGUGCGGCACUGCAGCGCCAGCAGCAGCCUGGAUGAAGCCAGCUGUAGUGGCAGCACCACAGGCCUCCAAGCUGCUGGCGGGGGCACGUGCUCAUGCUCAUGCCCCUCCACCUGCUGUUGCACCCACCACCACGACAACCACUGCUGCACGUCGGCCCGCUGGGCAAAGGAGCCAUCUACUUCUUCCUCUUCCUCAUCUUCAGGAAGCAAGAAGAGUAAAGGAAAGCUCUGGAAGAGGACGAGCAGCAGCAGCAGCAGCAAAGCGGAAACAAAACUUAGCGAGACACGGGAGGACAUGGACACUCAGCUCCUGGAGCAGCGCAGCACCAACUCCUCGGAGUUUGACUCGCCCUCCCUGAGCGGCAGCCUGCCCUCCGUCGCAGACUCACAUUGUAGCCAUUUAUCCUCUGAGUUCAGCUGCUCAGACCCUGAAACCUCAAGACCGGCUCCCCCGCCAGGCCCCUCCUCUGGCCCAGUGGACCCCCACCCUCGCCCCACCCUCGCCUUCAGUAACGUCACCCCCAUGCCCGAGGUGGAACAUGACCGUCUGGAGCAUUACCCAGCUCAGAGCGGCCACGCUGCCUUCACCCGCAUGUCAUCAUCGCCUCCUCCUGCUUCACCAGAGGCGGGCAGCGGCGGGACUUUCCUCUACAUCACUGAGGAGAGCGUGGGUGUUGUCAUGAAUGUGGAGGCAGACUCUGUUUCUGUGGAGCCAGAGCAGGAUGAGGACCUAAAAGAGACAAACAACAACAACAACAACAACAACACUGCCAUACAGCCUCUCAGCCCAACCAGGAGGCGCUGCAUUCAGACAGAUAUCUAAUUCUGCUGCAGGCCCGCUGGCCGUGGCUGUGCUACCACUGCGAGCUCAGUCCGCCUUAACUCACCUGCUAGCCUUACUCUUGUGAGUGAAGCACCUGGUGCAUUUUCGGAGCUAGCAGUGAGGGUUAAGGCUAAAGGUCUAAGUCAAAUUAUUAUUACUACUACAAUUGUUUUUGUCUGUUUUGAAGGCAAAAAUGUAUCAUAUGAAUGUUAGUCUACAUGGUGACAGAGAGGGUUGAAGAUGAAGUUGGAGAGAGAUUGGUGAAUAAUAAAGCCAGGGCCCAGGAAGGUCAAAGCAGAUUGGCUGGUUGUACUCUUUCCUGACGGGACGAGCAAAGCUUAUAGCAGGUAGAGCUGAAUGGAUCCGGACAGGUGUGAAGCAGGAUUAUCAGAGUUGUGUGAUACUGUAGAGGGCUAUGUUAGCCUAUCCAGCUGUUAUGAUGAUCUGCAGAGCCUCUUUUGAGAGCCACCGAGUAAUAAUCAGCUUUUUAAUCAGUGCAGCAGAAUGAAUCCCAUACCAACCCCCAGGGCAGUACCAACAACUUUUUGUAUUCCUAAGGAAAGCAGAGCUGAUGAAGCUGGAUAGGAGCGAGUAAAAUAUCCAAUAUUCUAUCCAAUAGUAAAGCUGAGCUGCUAUUAUACAUGUUAACCAUGUUCUGUUUUCUCACAUCUGCAAGUAUCUAGUUUUGUUAGGGGUUUGUAUGAGAUUCAGGGAUGGAGAUGUCAUCACUGUGGUUCACCACUGUGCCACCUAUUAAUCUGUGACUUCACGGCAUGGUGCAAACACCACAACAGUCGGAUUGUUCAGCCUUCUUUCGAGCAUCUAAACCUAAGAGGGACCACUCAAUAGCAAAUUGUAUUUUUUCAUGAUCAUCUAUAAAAAAAUAUAUAUUAUUAUUAUUGUUACUUCUGUUUUAAAAUGUGACUUCUUUGCUCUGUAUGUAUGUUCAGUUUUAUUUUCCAUUUUGGGAAAGUUGGUUUUAGUGUUUUAAGCCCUGUGUUGGGUCCAAACUUUUUUUUUUAAUAUAACCGGCAAGGAGUUGGGUCGACAAGGCCUCAGUGUGAAAUCAGAAAGUAGCCUGUGCUCCAUAAAUUUUAUCACAUAUCUAAGAGAAAUUGAUGAAUCUAGCAUGAGGGUAUGAGCUAAAGCCAAGGAUAGGUGCCAUCUUGCAUAGACUUGGUCUUCUGAAUGCCUUACCCUACACUGGUAAAAAAAUGGUUUUGUGUUUGUCUUGCAUCUAUGCAUGUUUAACCAGCAGUUUCCACUGUAGUGUUUUUAUUUUCCCCAAAAUAAUUUUAUGAGGUGUACUCAAGUCAACGAAUUUCAGGGAAUUUCCCUGGAAGGCACAGAAACCUGGGAAUCUUGCAAAUGAGGGCUUUUUAAAAAUGUAUUUUACUGCAUAUUUAACACAUUCAUACACAUAGAUGGAGUUAGCGAUUAUUUUUUAAAUAUGACUGUCAUUGCUAACUGCAAAAUCAAACACAUUUUACCUGUGCUGGGGUCAUUUCAAAAUACUUAAACCACAGAAUUCAAAAUACUAUUGGCGAAUUUGAAAUCAUCUUUUCACACAAAAUGAAAAAGGAGGUACAUUUUUUAAUAAGUUACAUAUAACAAGACAGUUGUUCAGGACAGAUAUCCUUUUAGAACUAGAUGGAACGCAGUACAGACCAAAUGUUAUCAAAACAAGGAAAGGUCUAUAAUUUAUUGAUGUUGUGAUGCCCCAGCCUGCUGCUUCAGAGGUGGCAACACAUUGGACUGACCCUAACCCUAACUCUUAAAUUUACAUUCCAAUUGUUGAUACUAGAAAAAAACAAAACAAAACAUAUAUAUUUAUUAUUUUCAAUUAGAUUUCAUUUCGAAGCCAACUGUGAAAACACAUUUUUCACCAGUGUAACCAGUGUAUGGUUCAGGAGCAGAGCGCUUGUGGUGAUUCACAGCCACUGGAAAGGGAGAGUCAACCUUACAGUGUGUUUGCAAUAAGAAGAAAAAUCACAGCAUUCAUAUAAGAAGAUUAAGAACAGAUGUGUCAGAUCAAAGGAAGACAUCAACACUACAGCAAAUGAGCUUUGUGAUCAGCUCGUUGUGGAGUCAGGAGAUUGGUACCAGUUUGAAAUGCCAGCACUUGAGACAGUAUUAUGUCAGAGAUCUUUUUUUUUUUUUUUUUUGGUUAUCUUAUUUAGAGUUAUAGAGUUAUAUUCUCUAGCUCUGUUGGCUCUGUCAGAAAUUGCUGGCUUUUUUUUUUUUUUUUUUUUGAGACUAAUCACUAGUUAAGAGGUCCUAGAGGAUCAUGGUUGUGCUCUUAAGUUUGCAAAGAACACUUUGUAGAUCAGGACUGCAGUCAAGAGGAUGGCCGUUCAACCCCAUGUCAUGAAACCUGACCCAGCAUGCAGCUUCGAAGCCGCAGGAAGGGACGUUUCCUGACAUUUGGGUUGAUAGUUGUUCUGUCCACUUUCAGUCUCAGUGUGUUUAUGCUGGUUACUGCUACCAGUCCCUUGGCUAGACAACAGUAGGAUUUAAAAAAAAAAAAAAAA